GAUGUGCCUCUGAAACCCUGCACUCCUGAGGGGUGGGAACGAGUCAGAUCAGUCCCUGAAACGGGCUGAAAGUUCUGCUCUGCGAGACAUUUCCGGGCUGAACUUCCCCCUUUGGAGAGGCUGGGGGUGUUCUCAAGAGCCCGCGGGAGGAGGAAAGCGAAGAGAUCUUCGUGUCCUGAGCCGCUGUGGUUGGAUGCUGGCGCGGCUCCCGGGAAUGCCGCGGCUCUGAGGAAGAUCCUGGCACUGCCAGGGCUGCUGGGGCUGCAGGAAUGGCUGAGAGCGGCCAGGGGGGGCUGAGGGGUGCCCCUGGCAGCACCCAGGACGUGGCUGAGCCCAGGGAGGACGAGGGCAGCCAGGUCCUGGCAGCCACCCCGAGCCCGGGCAGCGUGGAGGACACGUAUGAGCUGCUGGAGAGGCUGGGCAGCGGCCACUUCGGCGAGGUGAGGCUGUGCCGCGAGCGCAGCACCGGCGCCUUCUACGCCGCCAAAUUCGUGAAGAUGCGGCGGGGCCGGGGCGGCCGCCCGGGGCUGGAGCGGGCUCGGGUGCAGCGGGAGGUCUCCAUCCUCCGCCAGCUCCAGCACCCCAACAUCAUCCAGCUCCACGAGCUCUUCUCCAGCACGGCCGAGGCGGUGCUCGUCCUGGAGCUGAUCCGCGGUGGGGAGCUCUUCGACUUCAUUGCGGAGAAGGAGAUGCUGUCGGAGGAGGAGGCCAUCGAGUUCCUGGGGCAGAUCCUGCGCGGGGUGGAAUACCUGCACGCCCGCCUCAUCGCUCACUUCGACCUCAAGCCUGAGAACAUCAUGCUGCAGGAGAAGGAUGUCCCCAAGCCCUGGAUCAAGAUCAUUGACUUCGGGCUGGCCCAGCAGCUGGAGCAUGGCACCACCUACAAGAGCCUCUGUGGGACCCCCCAGUACAUCGCUCCUGAAGUGAUCAAUUAUGAGCCGCUGAGCCCCGCGACCGACAUGUGGAGCAUCGGAGUCAUCACCUACAUUCUGCUCAGUGGCCUGUCCCCCUUCCAGGGUGAGACGGAUGCUGAGACCCUCUCCAACGUGGUGGCUGGUGCCUACGAGUUUGAGCAGCGCUGCUUCAGCCAGACCUCGGACAUGGCCAAGGACUUCAUCCGCAGGCUGCUGGUGAAGGAGCCACAGCGCCGCAUGAGCGCGGCCGAGUGCCUGGUGCACCCCUGGAUCAAGCCCCUGAGCAGGAAGCAGGCGCUGAGCCGGAGCCGUUCCUCCAUCAACAUGAGAAACUUCCGCAAGUUCAACGCCCGCAGGAAGUGGAAGCUCUCCUACAACACCGUGUCCGCCUGCAACCGGCUGUGCCGUGUGAGGAGGGAGGAUGAGGAGCUGCGCUGCUGUGAGAGCGACCAAGAGGAGGAGAGGAUCCCCCACGCCGUUCUGCUGCGCCGGCGGAGGAGCAGCUGCUCCUGAGCUCCUCCCAAAAAACACAGGACCUCUGCGAGAGGAGCCUUGGGGGUCCCCCCAUGGCCCCAUCCAAGGGGCAGGCGCGCUCUCCACUCCUUGUUCCGGGGUGUUGGAGGGUCACUGGGGCAUCAGCCAGGGCUGGGACCCUCCUCCCUGCUUUGUCCUAAUGAGAAAAAUAAAUGUCACCUC